UCUUUUUUUUUUUUUUAAAUCGGAUCUCCCAUUAAACCAAGGAGGAGAAUGUGAAAAGGGGGGAAAAUGCCCAGGAGGAAGCAGGAGCAACCCAAGCGCCUCUCUUCACAUGGUACUAGACAAGAAGAAGCAGAAGGUGAACUUAGUGAGGAAGAGCACUGGUUUGGGAACUCUUCAGAAACCCCAUCAGAAGCAUCCUAUGGAGAAGUUCAGGAGAACUUCAAAUUAUCCUUUGAGGAUAGGAUCCAAGAACAAUCCACAUCUCCAGACACUUCCUUGGGGAGUGCAACUCCUAGCAGCAACACACUGGAGCUGGCAGCUGUUGAGAAUGAGGCUAUAAGGGACGUACUACAGAAUAAAGAACACCUAUCUCCCGGUGUGUCUUCUGUUUGUGAAGAUGACACUCCUGGCCCCAAUAAGCCACUUAGUAGUAACCUGAGACGUCUGCUGGAGGCUGGUUCUCUCAAGCUAGACACUAGUGUCUCAGUUAACGGCAGGGUUGAGUCCCCUGUAAAUCUUGCCUCAAAUAUCUCCUUUUCUUCACCUACUCAUCAUGCUCAGCAGCUAAGUGUCCUUGCUAGAAAGCUUGCUGAAAAACAGGAACAAAAUGACCAGUACGGUGGAAAUAAUAACCGCUUUAUAUGGAAUCAAGGCAAGUGGUUGCCCAACUCAACAUCCUCUUGCGGUUUGUCUCCGGAUUCAGCUAUUCUAAAAUUGAAAGCAGCAGCCAAUGCCGUCCUUCAGGACAAGUCGCUUUCCCGGACUGAAGAACCUAUAAGGUUUGAAUCCUUUUCUUCACCGUUUAGUUCACAGUCUGCAAGCUCCACCUUAGCCGCGCUAUCAAAGAAAGUUAGUGAAAGAAGCAUGACUCCUGGGCAGGACCACCCACCGCCAGCUAGUUCUUUCCUUUCUCUCGCCUCAAUGACUUCUUCAGCAGCCCUACUCAAGGAGGUCGCUGCAAGAGCUGCAGGCAGUCUGUUGGCGGAGAAGAAAAAGUCACUGGUUGCGGACGAUCCCCUGCAGCUUUCAGACAUGAAGCAAGAGAAAGUAACUCCACCACAGUCUUUGGAAUUAUUGUUACUCCCGGCCCCUAAAGGAAGGGCUUCUAAAAAUACCAAUCCAGCCUCAGAAGAAGAAGGUGGGAAACCUUUCCAGUGCCCAAUCUGUGGCCUGGUUAUAAAAAGGAAGAGCUACUGGAAGCGACACAUGGUGAUUCAUACAGGCUUAAAAAGUCAUCAGUGCCCUUUGUGUCCAUUUCGCUGUGCACGCAAGGACAAUCUCAAAUCACACAUGAAGGUUCACCAACACCAGGAUCGUGGAGAGACCUUUCAGUGCCAGCUUUGCCCAUUUACCUCCUCUCGCCACUUCAGCCUGAAACUCCACAUGCGUUGCCAUCAACACUUCCUGAGGACAGAAGCCAAAGUGAAGGAAGAGAUCCAAGAAACGGAUGUCAAGGUGUCACCGCAGCUAAAUGAUGACUCCAGAAUGGGACAGCAGAUGGAAGGAGCAGCUGACCAUGCAGGGACUGCUGCUGCAUCGAGAACACCUGAGAAAGCCGGACAGACAGGUGUUGCCAUCCCACCUCUGCUGGUAAAAGAAGAGCCCAAAGAUGAUAACAGCACCUCCUCACCAUCAUUUGCUCUCAGUGUUGUUGACAGAAUUGCCAACAAUACAAAGCUAAAAGACUCCAUUGACUUUGUGACCAAUACAGCGUCAGCACUUUUCAGCCAGGACAUCUCUGUCAAAAUGGCAUCCGAUUUUCUCAUGAAGCUCUCAGCUGCAAAUCAAAAAGAACCUUUGACUCCUAUAUUUAAAGUGAAAGAAGAACCUAAGGAUGAAGAAAAUACAAGCUCCGCUUUGCCUAAGCCCGGCUAUGUUUUCAGCCACGAACCUGAAACUUCUGUCCCAAGCAUCCCUGAGGAGAAUCUCAAACCACUGGAAGUGCCAGCAAAUGUAUUACGACAAGACAUGUCAGUCAAAGCAGCUUCUGAACUUCUCAUGAAACUGUCAGCUGAAAGUUACAAGGAAUCCCAUACAGUAAAGAUUAAAGAAGAGCCGAUGGAAGUUGAUAUUCAUGAUUCCCAAGCCUCUCCUUCACCCAGCCAAAACAUCAGUUAUAGCACUUUACUCAGGCAAGAGAUAUCUGAACAUAUACAAAAGAUACCAGAAGGCCGAGUACUCCCUGAGAGAAAUCUCUUCAGCCAAGAUAUAUCAGUGAAGAUGGCUUCGGAGCUCCUUUUUCAAUUGUCAGAAAAGGUAAGCAAAGAGCACAAUCACUCUAAAGAUAACACCAUCACAGCUACAACUAGCCCUUUUUUUCCUGAAGAUACAUUUAGACAAUCACCAUUCACUUCUAACGCAAAAGACCUCCUAUCUAAUGAGACUGCUGUUCAUGGGAGGACACCUAUACCAGAAACAGAGAAGAUAGGGCUGGAAGCUGGAAAUGGGUUGCCAUCUUGGAAAUUCAAUGACCAGCUCUUUCCCUGUGAUGUGUGUGGAAAAGUGUUUGGCCGACAGCAGACGUUGUCCCGACAUCUCUCCCUGCACACAGAAGAGAGAAAAUACAAAUGCCAUUUGUGCCCCUAUGCUGCUAAGUGCCGUGCUAACCUGAACCAGCACCUGACUGUCCAUUCCGUGAAGCUGGUGAGUACAGACACUGAGGACAUUGUCAGCGCUGUCACUUCCGAAGGCAGUGAUGGAAAGAAGCACCCUUAUUACUACAGUUGUCAUGUGUGUGGAUUUGAAACCGAGAUGAAUGUCCAGUUUGUCAGUCAUAUGUCGCUUCAUGUGGAUAAAGAACAGUGGAUGUUUUCUAUUUGCUGCACAGCCUGUGAUUUUGUUACCAUGGAGGAGUCAGAGAUGAAGGCUCACAUCGCCACCAAGCAUGCAGGUGAAGAGAGAAAGACACCCAGUGACUCAAACAGUCCUUCUUCUUCCUCCCUGUCAGCACUUAGUGAUUCUGCCAACAGCAAAGAAGAUGUCGAGAUCAGCCCCAAACCCAAGGGUUCAAACAGCCUAUUAGUUAUUUCCGUAGUGCCUGGUAGUCAGACCUUAUUAAGCACGGAGGAGAAGUCAGAGAAAGGUUUUGAAUGUGUUUUCUGUAACUUUGUCUGCAAAACAAAAAAUAUGUUUGAGCGCCAUUUGCAAAUCCACCUGAUCACGAGGAUGUUUGAAUGUGACGUGUGCCACAAGUUCAUGAAGACUCCUGAGCAAUUACUGGAGCACAAGAAAUGCCACACUGUCCCCACCGGUGGGCUCAAGUGCCCAUUCUGCAUUUACUCCACAAACCGUCCAGCAGCCAUGGAAUGCCAUCUGAAGACCCACUACAAGAUGGAGUACAAGUGCCGGAUCUGCCAGGCAGUGAAAGCCAAUCAGCUGGAGCUGGAAAUGCACAUCCGGGAGCAUCGCCUUGGCAACCAUUACAAGUGCGACCAGUGUGGCUAUCUUUCAAAGACAGCCAACAAGCUAAUAGAGCAUGUGCGCGUGCACACUGGGGAGCGCCCUUUUCACUGUGACCAGUGCAGCUACAGCUGCAAGCGCAAGGACAAUCUCAACCUGCACAAGAAGCUCAAGCAUGCUCCUCGCCAGACUUUCAGCUGCGAAGAGUGCCUCUUCAAGACCACCCACCCGUUUGUCUUCAGCCGCCACGUGAAGAAGCACCAGAACGGGGACUGCUCCGAAGAGGAGAGAAAGGGCCAGGGGGCGGCCUCCAAGGAAGCCGGUCCUCUCCUCGGCGCCAGCAGUCCCCGGAGCCUCUUAUCGCCUCUCUCAGUGAUGUCCGCUUCCCAGGCUCUGCAGACGGUGGCCCUGUCGGCUGCUCACAGCGGUGGGGCUGAGCCAAAUGUGGCACUUAAGGCCUUGGCCGUCAACGGCACUUCCCUGUGUUUUGACAAGUACCGAAACUCUGAAUUUGCCCACCUGAUUCCCUUAACCAUGUUUUCCCCCAAGAACCACUUUGAUAUCACAUUCCAUCCUCCCAGGCCACAGACUGCAUGCCUGGGCGACUGUUCACCGAAGCACUCCUUCCUUGCCUACCUGGGACUUACAGAAAGGGCAGAAACUGUCUGAAGGCAGCCACGUUCUGUACCAAAAAUAUCCCCCCUCCCACAACAGACAUCCAGCAGGUAUAUGCAUUGCUAUAAACCAUGCACCCGAGAGGUAUGACUGGCUGAACAUUUGUACUAUAGAUCAUUAGUAGUAAGGUAUAGACA